AUGUCUCACUCAUCCAGUAGAAUCGUUGUUUCAAUACUCACUUUGAAUUCACUAUUACAAAUAUAUGAAAAUCAACCCUUUGAAUUUAAUGAUUCUAACUUGAUGAUGUAACAUCCUUCACUAGCUUCAAUAUUUCCCACUAAUAAAAUGAUAAAUUUGGCAGUUGGAAUAUUAAUAUUAUUCUUAAUAGAUUGGAAGAAUAAACUUAAUAUAAUUUCUUCAUUAUUCUUUGGGAUAUCAGUUAUAAUGUAAAAUUUCAACUAUCUACUACCAAAAACACUCAAUAUAAUACAAAUUUAUUUGUAGUUAUUAUUUAUCAUCAAGUACAUUUACUAAUAGACGAAAAAAAUCUAUUUUAGAGUUAAAUCCCUUGAAAAAAAUAAUGAAACAGCAACUCUUAUUUCUCAUUAUGUACAAACAAAGAAAAAAAUUACUAAAAUUUCUAAAAAGGCUGAAAAAUUAAAAUUAAAACUAGAAAAUACAACAACUAACGAAAUAAAGGCCAAAAUUGUUUAGUAAUAAAUGAGUAUCGAACAAACUAAAGAAAAAGAUAAAUAAACAUAAGAAUAAUUAAAUUAAUUUAUUCCAGAGUAACAUGUUAGUGAGGCUGAAUUAGAAACCGAGAAUUAAUGUGAAAUUAACCAUUCAGAUCUUUCAUAGAUAUCUUAAAUAAAAGAAGAGCAAAGUAUAUCUUUAAAAUACUUAGAACUACAAAUAUAAUUGAAAUUAAAUGGUAAAAACGAGUAAUUUUGUUGCAAUUUUGAUACUUUUGAAACAAUAUCUCAAAUUCUUUCUAGUUCAUUUACAGAUAAUUAGAUAAUAUAAAUAAAGAUCCACAUCCUACUUAAUUUCUAUGAUGAAAACCAAGAUGGCAAUUGUAGACUAUGGUGUAUCAAAAAAUUAUUAGCUUUUUAAUUUUGA